CAAGACAUUCUUCUUUCUCCUUCUGUAUAAGUUAUAGUCUUAUCAUAUUUUUCUCCGGUUUUCCUCUAUAUUUCUCUAUAGAUGACUGACUCAUUGGCUUCUGACCCAUUUCCAAUUUAGCUCAUUUAAGAUAGGGGGCUAGAAGAAAUGGAGGAAAGUGUGUUGUCCCAGUGGACUGUGAUUCGAUCCAUUUUUGCUAUUGUUCAAUGGUGGGGCUUUAAUGUAGCUGUUAUUAUCAUGAACAAAUGGAUCUUUCAGAAACUGGAUUUUAAAUUUCCAUUGACAGUAUCUUGCGUACACUUCAUAUCCUCAGCUAUUGGUGCAUACCUGGCAAUCAAAGUGCUCAAACUUAAGCCACUCAUCGUGGUUGAACCCGCAGAUCGGUGGAGAAGAAUUUUUCCCAUGUCAUUUGUGUUCUGUGUCAACAUAGUCUUGGGGAAUGUAAGUCUACGAUACAUUCCUGUCUCUUUCAUGCAGACCAUAAAGUCAUUUACUCCUGCAACAACAGUGAUUCUGCAGUGGCUAGUUUGGAGAAAGAACUUUGACUGGAGGAUCUGGACGUCUUUGAUUCCCAUUGUUGGAGGAAUUCUGCUUACUUCUGUUACUGAGCUAAGUUUCAACAUGUUUGGGUUCUGUGCUGCGUUAUUUGGCUGUCUUGCUACUUCUACAAAAACUAUUCUAGCGGAGUCUUUGCUGCAUGGCUACAAAUUUGACAGGUACUAUGUACCUACCUCUUUCUCCCCCUCCUAUUAGAUAAUAUAUGUAUUCCUCUACCAUGUCAAUUAAAAGGAAUUGCUUGAGAUGUAACAGA